AUUCUGUCCUUGCUGUGAAAAUCAGUCUUGGAUGCUGUGCUCAUCACUUAUAUGUCAGAAGGAAGCUUUCUUUGCCUGGGUGGCACAAGAUUUUAACAGAACUGAUAUGAAGAGCUCAGAAGGACUUUCUCAAGUGGAAAGUCAAUUCUGCAUGUCAGUAUUUGGAAAUUGAUGCUGUUUGCCUAAAGCUGCCAGCAUAAGGAACAACUGCAACCAACCACGAUGCAAGCACAUGAAUUGUUUAGACAUCUGAGAAUGCCAGAACUUGAUGAUGUCAGACAGUAUAUACGCACUCUUCCAACAAACACAUUGAUGGGGUUUGGUGCAUUUGCAGCUCUUACAACAUACUGGUAUGCAACCAGACCCAAAGCUCUGAAACCACCAUGCGACCUAGCCAUGCAGUCUGUGGAAGUAGAGGGUGGUGAGCAUGCUCGAAGAUCAUCCCUGCUUAAUAGUGAUGAGCUGUUGACAUAUUACUAUGAUGAUGUAAGAACAGUCUAUGAAAUCUUUCAAAGAGGUUUGGAGGUGUCAAAUAAUGGUCCCUGUUUGGGUGUUAGAAAACCAAAUCAGCCAUAUGAAUGGAUCUCUUAUAAAGAGGUCUCAGAGAGAGCAGAGUAUGUGGGUUCAGCGCUACUCCACAGAGGCUACAAGCCAGCUCCAGACCAGUACAUAGGAAUCUUUGCACAAAACAGACCAGAGUGGGUUCUCAUUGAACAGGGGUGUUACACCUACUCCAUGGUGGUGGUGCCACUUUAUGAUACUCUGGGAGCUGAUGCAAUCAGUUAUAUUGUGAACAAAGCUGAUGUAGCACUGGUUUUCUGUGACAAAUCUGACAAAGCCAAGCUUCUGCUGGAUAAUGUGGAAAGGGGAGAAACUCCAGUUCUCAACACCAUUGUUAUCAUGGAAUCCUUUGAUAGCGUUCUCGUAGAACGUGGGAAGAAGUGUGGGAUUGAAAUUCUCAGCCUGAGAGAACUGGAGGAGGUGGGGAGAGCUCACAGACAAAAACCUGUGCCUCCAAGUCCAGAAGAUCUAGCGGUCAUCUGUUUCACCAGUGGAACUACAGGAAACCCCAAAGGAGCUAUGAUUACUCAUCAAAAUAUAGUGAGCAAUGCUUCAGCUUUUGUGAAAGCUACAGAGAAAGCAAUCAUUCCUGCUACAGAAGAUGUUCUGAUCUCAUUCUUGCCCCUGGCCCAUAUGUUUGAAAGAAUUGUGGAGUGUGUGAUUCUCUGCCAUGGAGCUCGGAUAGGAUUCUUCCAAGGGGACAUCAGACUACUUAUGGAUGACUUAAAAACACUGCAGCCAACUGUAUUUCCUGUAGUACCAAGAUUGCUGAACAGGAUGUUUGACAAAAUCUUUGGACAAGCCAAUACUUCACUGAAAAGGUGGAUCCUGGACUUUGCUUCCAAGAGGAAAGAAGCAGAACUUAGAAGUGGCAUAAUUAGAAAGAACAGUCUGUGGGAUAAACUGAUCUUCCGCAAAAUACAGGCAAGUCUGGGAGGAAAAGUAAGACUAAUGAUCACUGGAGCAGCUCCUGUGUCUGCAAGUGUACUGACCUUCCUAAGAGCAGCUCUUGGUUGUCAGUUUUAUGAAGGCUAUGGACAAACUGAAUGCACAGCUGGAUGCUCCCUGACAUUACCUGGUGACUGGACAGCUGGUCAUGUUGGAGCACCAAUGCCUUGCAGUCUCUUAAAGCUUGUUGAUGUAGAAGAAAUGAAUUACUUUGCUGUCAAAGGAGAGGGUGAGGUAUGUGUGAAAGGGCCAAAUGUAUUUCAAGGCUACUUAAAGGAUCCAGAAAAAACGGCAGAAGCUCUAGACAAAGAUGGCUGGCUCCACACAGGAGAUAUUGGAAAAUGGCUACCAAAUGGUACCUUAAAGAUCAUCGACCGGAAAAAGCAUAUAUUCAAACUUGCACAGGGAGAGUACAUAGCACCAGAGAAAAUAGAAAAUGUGUAUAUGAGAAGUGAACCUGUUGCUCAGGUGUUUGUCUAUGGAGAAAGCUUGCAGGCCUUCUUAAUAGCUAUUGUAGUACCAGAUGCAGAGACUUUGUCUAACUGGGCCAAGAAAAAGGGAUUUGAAGGUUCAUAUGAAGAACUAUGCAAAAACAAGGACCUCAAAAAACAUAUUCUGGAAGAUAUGUUGAAAGUUGGGAAAGAAUCUGGCUUGAAGUCAUUUGAGCAGGUCAAAGGCAUUGCCCUGAGCAUGGAGACAUUUUCUGUUGAAAAUGGCUUGUUGACACCAACACUGAAGGCAAAGAGACGAGAACUACAAAAAUUCUUCAAGUCACAGAUAGAUGAACUCUCUACUAAUAUCAGGAUGUAACUGAGGGAAAAGUGGGUCGAAGAGAAUGGCAAACAUCCAGUCUACUGUUGGCCUUCAUAUUUGUAAUCUGACUACAGCAAACGUAGGGAAGGAAACUGUGCAAUCAUUAACUUGUACACAAAUGGGUACCUGCCAUAGGAAUACUGAAGAAAAUGGAACAUUGCCUUACUGUCCAGUUAUGUUGCAGACCAUUUUUAUGGUGACCUACAAUUUCCAAAAUUAGCCUUAAACUGUAAAUGUAACUAUGUGAUUAAGUUAUUUAAACUUCCUCAACCAAAAAUGUGACUUUUUUUUUUUUUUUUUUGUUAACCAGGGAAUUGGUUUCCUUGUUGCCAGCAUGUUCCUGUCUGCAGGAUACUUUGCAACUGUCCACUCCAAAGGAUUUAGCAUAUUGGAGAGGUCUCUAUUCUACUGCAGGGGAAACAGUUAAUCAUCAAAUAAAAAGCUAUAGCUGGUAACGGUGCUUCUUGCAUUAGCCCUAAAAUUUGUUAAGACCGUGUCCCAUUGAAGAGAACUCCCUUCAGCAUGCCCCAUUGAAGAGAUCUCAAGAAGCUUACUCUUGUGUAAGCUAGAAGUUGAAUACAAGUCAAAGGAGAAUACCCCUGUGCAGGUGGUGAAUGAUGCAAUACUGGCUCUCUAAAUUAGUCUGUUUUAAUUCUUCUGCAUUAGGAGGGUGGAUGCAACUAAUUCAUCAACAUAGCAAAAAUUAUUUAACAGAAGCUUCAGACAUAGUUGUAUAAAUGGAUCCAAACUCUGGAACAAGACUGGAAUUUAAAGAAGGAAACCAUUCAAGAGCUUGGCUGUGCUAAUGGCCAGGUAAAUGUACACCUUGCACUAGCCAAGUGACUCCUGCAAUGGGCCCCUACUGUACUUAAUAUGCUUUGUUCCAUUAACAUGCUAAGUGCUCUAAACACAGAAUAGCUUCUGUCACACUCCCUCAGCUGUCUGAUUUAAUGUAUGAGCAAUUGAGUACAAUGGAUGAGAGCAGAAAGCAAGAAUGUUUUUUCUAUCUGACACACUUUGAAGCAAUUGGAAGUAUUCAGGCAAGGUGGCAGAGGAGAGAGAGAGAGCGCGCACUAGACUUUUCCCUGAACAAAUUCCCAUAUAGUAUAAAAAUAUAGUCCACAGUUCAGUUGGAAAAUUGGCAGAAUUAAGCCUUGUUACAAAUAAAGAUUUACCACUAGCAUUCAUUACUGUUUGGAAACAUGGAUAUAUGUAAAAUACAAGCACAAGGUUUGCACUAAGAUUUGUGUGAUUGUAAUGCAUUAUUUAGUAUAACUUCAUACAUGUGUACCCUAAUUGCACACAUCCAUAUCAAUGCUCUUAGAAUAUCCAGUAACUUGUUACAUGGGAGUUCAAAUGUUUGCUUAGUGUUGGUUAUUUCUAUGUUUUUAUAAACCAAAACAAUUUCCAAAAUGAAUGAAGGAAACCAAAAUAAAUAUUUCUGCAUUUCA